UUAGGGCCGGCGUGUUUGGCCAGCAUGUCCGGCGAGCUGACCCAAAGUGUCCUCAAGAGAAUAAUCCGCCAAGUGGGCCUGGAGUGCUCUGCCCAGGGACAAAGCCUCUCGGAAACCUUGGUGGCCUUCAUGGUGAAAGCUGUUGUGUUAGAUCCAAGAAAUGAUUUUAAUAUGGAUCGAAGCCUUACAGAAAACGAUAUCCAGGAUCUUAUCCAGCUCUGUGUUACCAGACUGCUUGACACAACAAACCCAUCCCUAAGCACAAUUAAGAUGCAAGUUUACUUUGAUAUGAACUAUGCAAACCGAGAUGAAUUACUGAGUGAGCAGGAGCAUGUUCUGGAAGGAAAACUGGCUCCUGUAGUUAGAGCCGUCACUGAGAGUGGUCCACACACACGAGAAGAAAUGGAGAAUAUGUAUCAAAAGAUUGUUGCCUAUGUGCUGCUGAGAUCUGGCCUGGGAUCCCCAACAGAUAUUGAGGCUGUCAGGGAGGUAACAGCUGCCUUGCAGAGUAUAUUCCCCCAGACAGAAAUGAUUACUUUCAUCUCACUCAGUAAGAAGGACAAAGAACAACAGCUGAAAGAUCUUGCCAUGCUAGUGACAGGAAUUCGUUUGUACAACAAGCAGUGCCAGAAAGGAGGAAGCUGCAUUGAUGAUUUGCCAGAGAUCCUGAGCGAAGCCAUUCCCUUGGCUACGCGGACUCUCGACGAGCGUCUGAACUCCUGCCAGCUGCUGGCCCACCGCUACACAGCCCUGCUGGAGGCCAUGCAGGAGGACCCCCAGAGGUUCUCCCAGCUUAGAUUUCUUCAAUUAAAAGAAGCACUAUUCAAUGUGAGACAGUAUGAAGCCUUCCUUUGCAUCCUUCAGUCUAAUGCAAUUACAAGUGCUCAAGAAGUUGAAUCGUUGAAUGUUCAGUUUGAAGCAGCAAUGAUGUUAUUGAAAAACACAGUGCAGGAUAAGACUUCCAUAGAGUCCAGAGAAGUUUUUCCUCUGUUUAUGGAACUUUCUAAGCUUUGGGCCGGCUUUCAGGAUGAAAUGCUACUGCUAAGCUUCCUCACAAAUAUGGCUGACAAUCUGCAACAAUUCUUGGAAAUCCAAUCACAGCUUUUUCCAGAGGAAAUGCUAACAUCUCUUCUGGAAGGAGUGACUGUGAAAAGUGAUGAGGAAAGGAUAAAAGAAACCAUGGAAACCAGAGUGAAUGUUUCUGAUUUCACAAACCAAGAAUGGCUUUUUCCAGAGACUACUGAUAACUUUGAUCAGUUGCUGAUCCAGUACCGUGGUUUCUGUGCACAUUCAAUUGGUGUGAAAGGUAUCAUCCUACCAGGAAAUCCUGCUAUUGGAAUUUUGAAGCACAGGGAGAAAUACUAUGUUUUCAGUUCAAAAGAAGAUGCAUACAUCUUUGCUGAAGAUCCAGAUAAGUUCAUUCAAUUGAAUAUAGAAAAAGCAAAAAAAUAUGCAGAGCUAAUUCAACUGCUUGAGCUCCAUCAUCAGUUUGAAUACCUUGUUGCACAUACACAGGUCAGAAAGGCAAGCACAGGUUCAAUGAAACCACCCCAAAAACGUGAGAGUGGUACUCAAACUGAUACUCAUAUCUUGCCUCCAACUAUUGUGAGAUCCUAUGAAUGGAAUGAAUGGGAACUGAGAAGAAAAGCUAUAAAAUUGGCCAACUUGCGCCGCAUGUUAACUCAUUCCAUGCAGACUGAUCUCAGCCACAUGAGAAGAGAGAACUGCACCCAAGUGUACCUGCCAAAGGAAGCUGGCACCCAGACCAAGCGGGACAACUCGAGCAAUGUACCCAAACCCCAGGUGUUCCUGAGAGGCCUCCGAGGAGGAUCAUCUCCCACCACGCAUAUGGUGGCAGUAGACUUAACCAGGCCACUGGAUGAAACUUAAGUGAAAAUGAGAAACCUGAAGCUGCAUCUUGAAUGUGUAUAUAAAAAUCCUGAAUAUAUGUGAAUUUAGACACUGAAGAUUUUGCUGUGUCUGUUGAUUCCAGGAGCAGUUGGUCUGUUUCAUUUAUCUUAUCUGUUGGGACUGCUGACUGGCAUUAAGUGACAGAAGUGAUAAGCCUGUAGCACAGAUUUUAAAUAGCAGUUUAGAAUCAAGAUGUUCCCAAGGACUUUCACUUCCAACAUUUAAAUAUGUAGCAUUCUGGGAUUUUACUGACAUUUUAAUGCAACAAUUGCUUGUUGAAAUACUGUCUUUAAAUGAAAAAACUUACCCCAGGAGAGUCACUCAAAUGUCACAGCUCCAGCAUUAGAGCAGAAUUGUCAAGAAGGCAAAACCAACAAAAUGAAACCAGUCUGGGUCCUUGGGGCUGUCUGUUUGUGCUGGCAUUAACCCAGCCCAAUGAGUGCAGACCAAGGCUGGGAGGUUGAGAAGAGGGCUUCUGUCUUGGGUGGUUCUGGCACCCUUUUAGGUCUCUAGCAAUUUCUUGGCUAAACAAUGUACUGGUGAGCACACUGCAAACCACAGAACCUGACUUCAGGGGACCUUUUUGAAAGCUUUUGCUUGUGUUUGAAAAACUAAAGCACAACAGAGAAAAAGUUUUUAGCUUUAUGUCACUGUGGCAAAGAAUUAUGUGCCAGGUCUGAUCAAUGCAACUGCAGAUGGUAUUUCUGUUUGUGAAAACACAAAUUAAUGACAAUAAAGACUUCCUCAAGCUGCUGUCUGCACGAUGUCCAGGUGCACAACUGUGAUUGCAUAGGGCGUGCAAAAUCUUUUUUGUGUGUGUGUGCAUUGUGAUGCGGUGUGGUUUCCUGGCUCAUAGCUAGACAAGAUUGUGACAAUGAAGAUUCAAGCUGCUGAGUGAUUUUUCUGUGGCAUUGUGCAGGAUAGCACUCUCUGGUUGUUUUCCAAGGUAUUUGGUUUCACUUUUAAAAGUUACACAACAGGGACUAAUCCCCAAAGCAUUAUUAAAAAAACCCAAAGGAGUGUAAGGAGAGCACUAAGAAAGAACUUGGCUAAAUUGUUUUUGACUACGUGAUUUUCUCUGUUGGGAAAAUAAACUAAUCAGUAGCAGCUAGAUGUGCUGCUCCUCCAUGUUUUUAAAUUAUGAGAGGUCACCAAUGAUUAGACUUAUUAAUUAAAAUAUCAAUGCAAUUACUAG